AUGUCGAGCAGAUCGGAACGUGGAAAGCCACAGACCCGCAGCAAGCGGAAGAAAGCGAAACAUGCCGAAGUACACCCAGACUCGAAAGCAAGCGAUUCGAUAUUCUUUAGUCAUACCUGGCUACCUACUCCGUCUUGGAAUAGCUGGCGCUGCAAGGUUUUGAUUGGUUUGGGCCUCACUGGAGUGAAUGUGAUCCUACUUUUUCACAAUUUGGAUGCUUUUGAAUCUCGAUCCGCGGUCUAUCACCAAGCUCCACUGGCUCCACUGUUCAACGCCACCGCUCCAAAAAGUACCUCACAGGCGCAGCCUUCGGCGGCGCCCAAAGCUCCCAAGCUCCGCGGCAGCCGUGAGGUGCAACCAACGCCAGUGCCAAGGGCUCCAGAUCUCGCUGCUGUCCCUGCGACUAAAGUGGAAGCGCCGUUAAUAACGGUUGCACCGGAAGCACCGGAAGCCCUUCCAGAUGUGACGGAGCUGAUCACCUUUGCACUGGCACAGAACACGACACAGAUGGUGAAGUUUCGGAGUCCCUCAUGGUCCUUGUCCACUUUGACUUUGUCACCAGGUCAGCAACUACCAUAUGACGACAGGUACUCCGGGGUCAACUACACCUUUGGAGAAUAUUUGGGACAUGACAACGUGGUCUUUGUGUCCCCUUGUGGCGCCAAAGAGCUUCACCAGAUGGAUUUCCCCUUUGGCGACUUCCUGAAGGAAAAGGCUGCCUUCAUGCACAUGCAAUGCCUUGCUGCUGAGGUGGCUGAAAAUAUGCAGGCCAAAGACGUGGUGGCCUAUGUGAAUUUCCGCGAAAGUGGAUAUUAUGGCCAUGCCAUUGACAACAUCCUGCCUCGAAUUUUUGCGGUGCUGCCAGGGGUGGUCCAAAGUGGCCACAAGAUGAUCCUGGUGCUGCCGCCACUGGGGAAGCGUUCCCUGAGUGAAAACACCAAGCUGCUCUGUGAGGCGCUUGGCAUUGAAGUUCGGCUCCGUGUGCCCAUCUAUCCACAUCGUACCAUGGGUCUGAGUGGCGUUUCCUCUUGGAGCCGCGAAAUGUGUGAUCCCUGGACCAUUCCUCUAUGGAGACCUGAUGCUGAAAGCAGGUUGCAAAGUGCCACAUGUCCCUGUCGCUUUGAGCCUGGCAUCUUCCUGGGUCGCCACGCCACGCGGAACUCCCGACCCGUGCAGGGCGCGGAGUAUCUGGAGGCGGAGUUCCAAGCCCGGGGCUUUGAGGUGGUUACGGAUGCGGCAACGGUGCCCUUGCAGCAACUGGCGCGAAAGAUCUACAGAUCCUGCAGUUUGGUGGGAUUUUCCGGAACAGCCAUGGUGAAUCUCAUUUUUUUACCACCACACGCGGCGGUGGCAGAUUUGAAUCCAUAUCUCAUUUAUGCCAACUCCUGGCUAUGGGCCCAUGCACUGAACUACUGCUUCUGUCAAGUGCAGCCCCCACGGAAACUGGACCAACAUGAGGCUUCAAAGUGGGCUGCGUUGAUCCUUGACAACCAAUCCGCGGAAGCAAAAGAUGCGAUGGGGUGUGUGGAGGAGGUGGUGCACCGGCUGCAGUUCUCGCGAAAGGAACGGGUGGUGUAUCUCUUCCGAUGGCUGGAGCGCCAAUUGGAUCCGGACCUGAAGAAACCACGACAACGAGCUCAACAUGUCCGCUCAUUGCUGCAAUUGUGUUGUGAACCAACAGACGUGGAGGAACUUGCAAAGGAGAUGUGGGCUCAAAAGUGCUUAAAGGAUGCAGAUGUGACUCUGGCAGAAGAGGAAUAUACCGAUUUUGAGCUCAGGCUCCAAGUCUUCAAAAGCCUGGCCAGCCGCGCGCAGGGCCUACAGGGCCUGGAACGUGAAGUGUUGCUGGCCGUGGGCCACAGCAGCGCUCCGCAGCUCCAAACCUUGGCGGACGCCGGGGGCCGGACGCCGCUGGAUGUGCAACUGAGGCGCUUGGCGCAGGAAGCGCUGGAGGGCCCUGGUGGCGUGGAGAGCUUGGGCAAACAACCUGGGCAUUCCGUGAAUUGCCAGGCCUGCGAUCGCCUCACCCGUCCGAGGGAGGUGGCUGCGUCCUUACGCCUGGCCGAGCAACGGGCGCAAAAGGCGCAGGAGAAGACGACGCGAAAAUGGCGAUUGCUGCAGGUCCUGCUCGAGGCUGCCGAGCUGCCUUCACCCGAUACUUCUGCCUCACCUCUGGCGCUGUGUACUUCCUGCGGUGCGCAGACGGCGCGGCUGAUGGCCUGCGGCCACGUGGCGUGCCAAGGGCAUGAGACCUGCAACUGCGAGGGCAAGGAGCUGGCGGUGAGUUUGGACUUCCGGAACUGUGAGGAUUCCUCGGUCUGCUCCAAGAUUGAUGGCAUGGUGCGCACCAUUCAAAAAAUUCUCUCUGAAAAUCCCAAAGUUCAAUGCUUGGUUUUCUCCCAGUGGACCUCGACUUUGCGAAAGCUGGAGGACGCUCUGCGUGCGCAAAACCUGGAAUCGAUCAUGCCAGGUUCCACAAAACGGCGACGUGGCCGUACGGCUGUGAAGUCCAUAGUUCUGCUGACCACUGACUUUCUUUGCUCGGAAAAACUUGGACGACAAGACAGACAGGAACAUGCUGCCUUGGAUGAGCACGCAGUGACCCGACAUGUUUUUCUGGCCAACACUUUCUACACGGCACCCGCCUUCACGGCUGACGUGCUCGAGCAACGAAUCAUCGACUUUGCCAAGACGAGUCAACUUGGGGUUGCCUCAGCAGCGAUCCUUCACCGUUUUGUGAUGAAUGAUACGAUUGAAGCCACUGGCGAGCUGAUUUCAGCGGAGACUGGCCACAAGGCCCACUGUCCUGAGCUGCCACAGGUGGAAGAUUUGAAGGCGACGAAUCGCCUGGUGCAAACGCCCUUGGAAGCAGUGGAUGCUCUCUUUGGGGAGGCGACUUCGGCUUGGACCUAUGAGGUGGCCACUGCGCUAGUUGACCCUGAGGCAAAGUUGCCGGAAGAUGAGAAAGGCCAUGGUGCUUUGAAACUGACUGCUUUGAGUCGCUUAGGGGCAGCAGUGGCAGAAGCUGCCGUCCUUGGCACUGCAGCCAUUGCCGGAGCAGCAGUUGCCACCGCCGUCGCAAACCGCGCACCACCGCCGCCACGGCGUGAAGUCGUGGUGGUCCCAGCAGUAGCCACAGCUGCACCUGUAGCCACUGCAACCCCUGUGUUUGGAACGGCGACUGCUCCAGUGGUGGUUGUGAAAGGAAAAGGAAAAGGAUGGAAAGGCAAGGGCAAAGGCAAGACGGAAGUCAUUGAAGUUCCCCCUCUUGGAGUGUCAGCAGUUGGCAUUCCGGCAUCUGCUCUCUCGAAGCAGGGUGGUGUGACCUACUUCGGUGUGGAUGUGGUGCCAGAGACCGGGGCUUCCUACCGAGUGCAGAAGCGAUACAACGACUUUGAAAAGUUGAAGGACAGCCUCAACUAUAUGGCGCCAGGGUCCAGAGUGACCUCCGAUUUUCCUCCAAAGCAUCUCUUUAGCUGCGAAGGGCCUAAACUUGAAGACCGACGCCAUGGCUUGGAGAGGUGGUUGACCCGUGUGCUGAACGAUCCCCACAGCCGGGGCCUUUGGUGUUUGGAGCUUCGUCAAUUCCUGGAAGUUGGUGGGGUCCACACCCUUCCUGGCACCCUUCCUUCGGCCGAACCCCCAAUUCCAGCAGCCUCCGCACCAGUCGAACCUGAAGGACAAGUCUUGCAGAUUGCGAUUCCUGCGGGAGUCAGCAGCGGACAGACGUUGUCUGUGACUGUGCCUGAUGGACAACAACUCAACUUCACCGUCCCCCCGGGUGUGUCCGGGGGGUCAGAGCUACAAUUGUGGUAUGACCCAGUAGCUGGCACUGUCAGUCCUUUGGUCUGA